CGUGGGUAGGCAACUUUUCUAAAAAGAAAAACGGGAUAAAGGGCAGGAGAGGAGCACAGCGAAGGCACAGUUUACUCACUUCCCGUGCUUAGUGGAGGUCGUCAUGGAUCUGAGAUCUUCAUUUUCGGUGAUUUUAGUUUUUCUAGUGUUGUUAGGACUUCCAGGAGAUUUGGAGUCCGGAAGUCCUAAAUCCGGAAGUCGUAGUCCUAAAUCUGGGGGUGGAUUCCGAAAUUUUUUUCGCAAACUCCAUAUUCCACGGAUUAUGCAACCAUUUUACAAACGAUUUAAGGGCACCGAGAGACUGGAAAAUGGAGUGGUCGUGAUAACAGGCGGGGCCUCUGGAAUAGGGGAGGAAACUGCUGCCGAACUGUACAGAAGAGGGGCUCAUGUGAUAAUUGGAAAUCGCAACAGUGACACUUGCGAUGCGGUGGCUAAAAAAAUUAAAGAACAACCAAGAGAGAUUGUAAUCAAAGACGGACAUGAGGAGGAAAUUAAGCAUGGGCAUAUUGAGUGCUAUUAUCUGGAUCUGAACCAGCUUGAUUCAGUCAAACGGUUUGCCGAAUGGCUCUUAGCCAACAAGAAAUAUAAUAUCAAUGUGCUGAUAAACAAUGCAGGGGUUAUGUUGGCUGACCAUCAAGUGAUAGAAGACACCAAGACGGAAUUACAUAUCCAGAGCAACCACCUGGGUCACUUUUUUCUCACCAUACUUCUUUUGCCGAGACUUAUCCGAAGUGGUCCCUCCAGAAUCGUGAACGUGUCAUCUAAGGCUCACGAGUAUUGGAGAGGCGGGGUAAUAGAUUUCGAGAAUGAGAAGGCUCUCCAAAUGGAUCCAGAAAAGUACUCACGCUGGCAAGCCUACGCAAGGAGCAAGCUAUUUAACAUUUGGUUCUCAGCAGAACUCUCCCGUAGACUCAGAAGCCAUGGCGUUACAACAGUGAACACUUACUCUUUACAUCCUGGAAUCGUCCAUACACCCUUAUACCGUCACGUGAAGAAGUGGAAGUGGGUUGGUGAAUCGUUACACAAAUUCUUUGAAACAGGAUUCAUGAAAUACUUCCUCCGGACACCUAAAGAGGGGGCUCAAACCACUUUGUAUUGCACUCUCUCCACGGAUGUCAAAGAUGAAUCUGGCCUCUACUACAGUAACUGCCAUAAGAAAACUCCUACUAAACGUGCGCAAGACACGGCACAACCCAAACAACUCUGGGAAUUUAGUAUGAGGAAGCUGGCAAUAGCUGGGGUGCUGGAGCCUGGCUAUGAUGAGGAGAGCAUGUAUGUGAGCGGUUAGCCGUCAUUGGAAUAAGGAACCCAUGAUUGAUAAUGAAAUAGUAAACAUAGUGAACAAAUUGAUUGCCCAUGUAUGAAUGAAAACUUCUGUAACCCUCAUUUCUUCACUUCGGAAAUAAAUGCACAUUUUUGUUUCAUCUC